CUAAAUCUCAAUUCUUCAGAAAUCCAUUGCUGCACUGUGGACAUACUAUUUUAUAUCGCCCAUUUGGAUGUUAUGGAUAAGAACAGUACUUACUCACCAGUUUCAUGGCCACCAAAGUUUUGGGAAUUAAUAUUGUCAAAGGUACAUGGUAAUGGUGCUGUCCAAAACCCUUCACUGAAUGGAGAAAGGAAGCAAGAAAAUAGAGCAGAUAACAAUAGCCUUCACAGUGUCCAUGUUGAUUGGACUAGUGAUUGGAGGGAUCAUCUGGGCCUUAUUCACCUGCUUGUCCCGUCGCAGAGCUAGCGCCCACAUUUCACAGGGGAACUCUUCACCCUUCACUCGCCGGUCCAGACCCACCUCCCACUCUGCCAGCAGGACUGGAUUUUACCGUAACAGCAGCUGUGAACGUCGAAGCAACCUCAGUCUGGCCAGCCUCACCUUUCAGCGGCAAGCCUCCUUGGAGCAAGCCAACUCUUUCCCCAGGAAGUCGAGUUUUCGCGCAUCCACCUUUCACCCUUUUCUACAGUCUCCUCCCCUCCCCGUGGAGACAAACAGUCAGCUGAUCACCCUCACUCCCACCAACACCACUACGACCCUUGUGGGAAGCACAACCAACAGUUUAAGUCGACCUGAAUUCCAUUGGUCUAACAACAGCCUCCGCAUCUGCCACUCCACACAAACCCCUCCUCCUGCAUAUGAAACCAUCAUAAAAGCAUUCCCAGACUCCUGAGAUAAGUCCUUGCCACAAACACACACAGUCAUUUUUGGAGGAACCUCAAUCAUCUCAAGCAGUUUUUUGUGCAUGCUGAAGGUCUCCGAGAAGUCUCCAGCUGCUGUGACACAUUGCAGCUGGGCAUGUGCACUGUCAGGAGGCGGGUAGUGCUGAUUUCUUAGAAAGCUAUGCCCCACCAUCCAAGGAAUCACUUGUUUUUGCACUACUGGCUCUAAUUUACUGCUUUCCAACAUGCUUACAUAUUUCUACUGCUGUAUUGUAACCACUAUAUCUUUUUCUUUAGAGGGAAGAAAAUGUUGCAGCAUUAAAAAAAAAAAAGUGGAUUGUUUCUCAAAGAGAAUUUUAGGAAUUACUGAUGUAGACGCUACUGCAAAUUUCACUAUUCUGUUCAUUUUUAAAUAGCAAAUAAGCAAAUGAAACCCAAAAGUUCUGGUUUUAUGCGUUUUCCCAAGGAUAUUAAUCUUCCAAUGAACACUUCCAUUAACUACCUUGUCACUAUAACAAUACAACAGUUUCUCUAAGGAAUCUUACACGAAGACUGUGUAGAAGUUUUAACAUCACAGUUCUGUUCUGUUGAUUGCAGAGGACCUAAAAAUGGCUCUGUUGAUUGCAGAGGAUCUGAAAAAAGACUCCAUGUUAGAGUUGUUUGUAUGAAAUUCCUCAUGCUAUGAGAAAAAUGAUGAGGUAUAUCACCACCCUUCAUGUAAAGAGAAGUUUUGAAGAGCAUACUAAGUGCUUGAUAACAGUCUUAUGUAAUUUUCUAUUUACUGCCAGAAGAAGAGGUAGCUACGUUUGAAUGCCCAGUUAGUCUGUAUGUGAACAGAAAGCCUGAUGUCUCAUUUUUCUGGUUAUGGUUAUCAAGAUAAGCACUGCAUGAAUGACCACUGUUUUUUUAAUUAAGUUUCCUGCUUUGCUGUGAGAUUGCUCAUUUCCCUAUUUGAAAUCAUAUUUCUCAAAUUGCACCAUAUUUUAAUAUUUCCUGGAAAGUUAUUCACUGAAAUCUUGUCUUUCAUUAAGUUGGCAUUUUAGAAAUUUACAGCUGAACACUGGUAUUGUACAGUUGUGUAGAAUAUGAAGAUAAAGGUGGAAUAUCUAGUUGAGGUUAACUUACAUUUUUGACUGUUAUACACAUGUUCUAUCAAGCUAACCCCUGGAUUAGUUGAGACUAAUUGCACCACCAUGAGAAGUUCAGGAUUUGGAAUUAGCAGAUAGAUGGGAGCAGUUUUCUGAUUUAUUAUAUCAAUUUUCUGUUAGGUCUUUCACAUUUGUAUAAAGACAAAAGAAUUUCCACAAGUAGAAGAGUCAUACUCUUCAAUUGGAAACAGAAAUUUAAUUCUUAAAUCUGCUUGACAGCUGCAGGACCCCUUAUCCUGAGGGGCUGUUCCUGUGCUUCAGCAGAGAACCUGAGUCCUUACCUGUUCUUUGGGAGGGACAAGGAAUCAGCAGAUUCCAAGAAUGGGCAAAAUACUUUACUUCUUAUUUUGCAGACUUUUGGUGUCUAGCAGCACAUAUCUCUCUGCAGAGUUCAGCAUCCUUUGUGUAGCACCACUGAUCUCUUAACUACUAAGUGGAAGACUACAGUCUUCCAGCCACAAAUCUUUCCAUUUGCAAACAAACACUGCUACAUUGCUACAAACACUGAACUUACAAGCAUUACUUAUUAUAAUCUACAAGUAUACCUUCUUAUAAAAGCAAACUAUUAUGCAAUUAUUUACUGACUGGCUUUCAUGUUUUAUUUUUAGUGUACAAUUAUUUUCCCUUCUAGAGGAAUGUAUGUCAGUGCUAGAUCAACCACUUACUGUGUUUACAUUGUUUCAUAGCAGACACUUAGAGUUCCAGUACACUGAAGACUUGCUGUUAAGGCUUCAAAAUUGCAUUUGGCUAAUCACAGGCUACAGUCUUUAUAUAUAUAUAUAUAUAUAUAUAUAGUCCUCUGGAGAAAGGAAGUUUUGUUAUUUUAUUCUUUAAUAAUAUUUUUUCUUUUACAGUCUUAUUGAGUUUGAUGAACUUCAUUGCAUACAAGUGCUUUUAUGGUGUCCUAUCUGUAGAAUAGGUGACACUACCUUUUCUGACAUGCCUUCAAAAAGCAAAGUUCACACAUUCUCCCUUUGCCUACCAAGUCUAGCAGACUGUUUGAAAAGACAGCUUGACCUGCAGUGUGUACCUAACUGGCCCAAAUUGCUUCAUGCUUGAGAGAAAUCAUUCCAGAUGAGUGACUCUUUACUCCUGGUUUAAGAUGCAAAUUAAAUAUUUUCUCAGCAUAUUACUUAUGUUAUAGAAUAUUUAGUAUACAGUGUAGACAAGGCAGUUUAAAUGUACUGUAUUUUUUAUAGUGAACACUGGAUAUCAAAAUAUUUUUUUUUAUUUCCCUUGGAUUAGGGAAAUUAAAAACACAGACUGUUUGAUGCACAACCAGAAGGAUUGUUGGAUAUCACUUUAAACUGUAUCUGAAGUUGAUGUUUUGUAAGUUCUCCAGAAGAUGCAGAGUGUGAAAUAAAUGUGUUAUAAUCUGGA